AUGUUUGGCAGAGUGUUUGCAUCUGGCUCGCGAGCCAUUGCUCCACUGGCAGUACGCCCAAAUGUAAACAUGAUCCAACCACGCAGAAACCUAUCUAUUCACGAAUACUUGUCUAUGGGUUUACUACAACAAUAUGGAGUCAAAGUCCCCAAAGGUUAUGUUGCAAAAACGGGUGCUGAAGCUGAACAAGCUGCUAAAAAGUUGGGAACUGAAGAUAUGGUCAUUAAAGCUCAGGUGUUGGCCGGCGGACGUGGAAAGGGAACAUUUGAUAAUGGUUUGAAGGGCGGUGUCCGUGUAGUUUACAGCCCAACAGAAGUGAAGAUGUUUGCUGAAAAGAUGUUGGGUCACAAACUAUUCACAAAGCAAACUGGUGCCGGUGGCCGUGUUUGUAAUGCAGUGUACAUAGUGGAAAGAUUGUACGUCCGUCGUGAAUUCUACUUUGCGAUUUUAAUGGACCGUGCAUCUGGUGGUCCAGUUCUCGUCGCUUCUUCGCAAGGUGGUGUUGAUAUCGAACAAGUAGCUGCUGAAAACCCAGAAGCCAUUAUUCGAUUACCUGUCGACAUAUUUAAGGGAUUGCAGCUAGCUGAUGCUGUUGAUGUUGCUCGAAAGCUGGGCUUCCAGGGCAAGGCUGUUGACCAAGCUGCCGAUACAUUCAUGAAACUCUACAAGAUCUUUAUUGAAAAGGAUGCCACCAUGAUUGAAAUCAACCCUCUAGCUGAAGUUUCCACUGGUGAUGUAAUGUGCAUGGACGCGAAAUUCGGAUUCGAUGAUAACGCUGAUUUCCGUCAACCCGAUAUCUUCAAACUUCGAGACCCUAGCCAAGAAGAUCCUCGUGAAGUCGCUGCUGCCAAGUUUGGCUUGAACUACAUUGGAUUGGAGGGUAGCAUUGGUUGUCUGGUCAACGGUGCUGGUUUGGCCAUGGCCACUUUGGAUAUCCUAUCACUCAGUGGUGGAAAGCCAGCUAACUUCUUGGACGUUGGUGGAGGAGCUACUGCUGAAGUCAUUACAGAAGCCUUCAAGAUUAUUGAAUCAGAUCCUCAAGUAUCUGCCAUCCUCGUAAACAUCUUUGGUGGUAUCAUGAGAUGUGAUGUUAUUGCUCAAGGUAUCAUAACCGCCGUCAACCAACUCAACAUGCGUCUCCCCCUCGUUGUUCGACUACAAGGAACAAACGUCGAUGCUGCCAAGAAACUCAUUGCUGACUCUGGAUUGAGAAUGUUUGCUAUGGAUGAUUUGGAUGAGGCCGCCAAGACUGCAGUCAAACUUGGAUCUAUCGUAAACUUGGCUAGAAGUGCUGGAUUCUUCUUUAGGAUCAUGGAGCUAUGGGUCCGUGAACCCAAUGUGGUGGUUCCACCGAUAUUGCGCGCGGAUAUCUUAUAUGACUCGGAAAUCGAUCCUGCAUUUAGAGCCCCCAUUGGCUCGAAUUGGUAUCGAAAAGUUCGCAGGAGGCUUGUCUCGAAGAGACGAGAUGUUACAGAUCACGAUGUAUAUUUUGGGAGACGUGAAAGAGGAUGUCACGUCGUAUUCGAAGUUGCUGAGUCGUUUAUUGAUGAUAUACCAUUCUUUUUGCCGAAAGUCAGGAAGUUUGCGUACGUGUACACGGAACGUGAUCCUGAAGACGGAGACCCAGCCGUUGCUACUCUAUCCAUCGAAAUAUGUCCCUUUGAAGAAGAUAUUGAACAGAAUUUCAAGUCGGAUGCUAUGAUGUACGUCUACAACCGCCUGCUCCAAAAAAUGUACAAGCAAACCAAAGCCCAAAUGGAAGGAUACAAGAAACGUGUACAGUCUGAUCGAAUCAUACCGAAAAUCACGUACCAGGAUCGAUACUUUAUAUUAAAGCAAAAGUACUCGCAUUGGGUUGACGACUGGAUCGAAAAGACUGAUGCCUCCAAACAUGUAUGGGAGGAGGUGGGGAUUGCGUGCUUUUUGAUCUUGUUGUUUGAGCAGGAUGCCGUUACGCUUGGACGGAAGCCAAGCUUUGUUGAUCUUGGAUGCGGGAAUGGGUUCAUGACAUACAUACUAAAUCAAGAAGGAUAUGAGGGGUAUGGAAUUGAUAUGACGGCGAGAAAGUCUUGGGCUGCUUUUGGAGAUAAGGCUGUCCUGAAAGAGGAAGUUCUGACACCUGAAACAUUGAAAUUUAAGAAUGUGGAUUGGGUGAUUGGUGACCAUCCAGAUGAGUUGACGUUAUGGAUACCUAUUUGUGCUGCACGAUCCGGUUACAAUACGAGGUUUAUCGUGAUUCCUUGCUGUUUCCACAAACUCGACGGAGGCCCUUUCAAAUCUGAAUCUGAUAUCCUACUUCCAACCUCACUCCGAAAGCCACGAGUAGACGACGAACUACCACCAGACUACGCAACCCCACUAUCUGAUCAAAUGCACAAUCAUCUCGGAUCAGGUCGCUACUCUUCGUUUAUAACUUGUCUAGAGAAAUUGAUUCAAUUCUGUGGCUACAUACCUGAAUGUGAGAGUCUGCGUAUCCCAUCUACAAAGAAUAUUGCAUUGAUUGGACGCACGAGAGGAUAUGAAUCAGAGUUACAGAGUCUUGCACCUGGUACUAGUAAAGAGGAAUGGGAACAGCUGGUGUUACAGGAUAUAGAUGAGUUGACUGCUGGAGCCUGUUUCAUGCCUCGUGUGAGUGAUCACGAUAAAGGCAUUUUGAGAAGAGAACGAGAGUUGAGAAGCACUAAUCCUGAAAUGUUUCAGAGUAGUCAUGAUGAGCACGAAGAGGGUGUAGAGAGUGGGGAGUUUUCACACCUGUUACAAUCAUUGCAAGACUGCACAUUGUAG